CUGUUGGCCAUUCGACGAUAGUUCCAACAGCUUGACGGAUCCGAUCAUGUGGGUACCACCCAGCGAUUGCAGAAAAGGAAUCAAACUGCGCGACUGGCUCUGGUAGUUCCUCCCCCUCUCCCUCUAUUCCACAUAUUAUACAAUCCUCAAAACAGCGGAAGAUGUGAAUAUCCAUUGCAAAAGUAAAAAGAAAACAAAAAAAAAACAGAAGAGAUUUGAAUGCCAUUCGACAUUCAAACAUCGGAGAAAAUGCCAUUCUUUCAAUUCCAAUUCCAAGACUUGAAUGAGAAGCUCUCGACCACCUUCAGGCCUUGGCAACGGUCUUGCCAGUUUUGGCUUAGAGCAACUGAUAUAUACGCUGGCUACAAGAUAUGUCAGGUUCGAGUUAAAUUCGUGAAAGGAGGUGAAAAGCAGGAAGAAAUGUGGGAGAAACAGCAUGAAUUAGCGGCUGAGAAGAUAUAUUCCAUGUGUUCUGAACUUGGUGGGUUCUUUCUCAAGGCUGCUCAGAUACUAGGGAAGCCUGAUUUGGCUCCAGCUGCAUGGGUGAGAAGGCUUGUUACAUUGUGUGAUAGAGCCCCUGCAACUCCUUUUGAAGUGAUACAGCUUGAACUAGAGAAGGAUCUGGGUCGAAAUAUUGGUGAAAUUUUUGAAAGAUUUGACAUUAUUCCUGUUGGUUCUGCUUCAAUUGCACAGGUACACCGAGCUAGAAUGAGAGGUUCUAAGACUGAUGUUGCUAUCAAGGUUCAACAUCCUGGAGUUCAAGACUUGAUGAUGACAGAUAUCCGCAACUUGAAAGCCUUUGCUUUAUAUUUGCAAAACACUGAUAUCAAAUUCGAUCUUUUUUCUGUCACUAAAGAGAUCGAGAAACAGGUUGGAUACGAAUUUGACUUUUUGCGAGAGGCUGAUGCUAUGGAAAGGAUUCGGCAUUUCUUGCAUGCUAACAACAAAAAGGUUCCUGUUUUGGUGCCACGUGUGAUUCGUGACAUGGUGACUAGGAAGGUUUUAGUAAUGGAGUUUAUAGAAGGGAUCCCAAUCCUAAAUCUUGGCAACGAAAUGGCUAAAAGAGGCAUAAAUCCCGGUGGUAAGAUUGCAGCUGCAGCAAAGCAGAAUAUUUUGAGAAGUUUGACACUGGCUUAUGGUCAAAUGAUCUUGAAGAGUGGAUUUUUCCAUGCAGACCCACAUCCUGGAAAUAUCUUGAUUUGUAAGGACUCGGAGGUUGCUUUGCUAGACUAUGGACAAGUUAAGCAUCUCCCAGAUGACCUAAGGCUCGGAUAUGCCAACCUCAUUAUGGCAAUUGCUGAUAACGACCCCAUGAGGACAGUACAGAGCUACAAGGACCUCGGCAUACAAACCUCGAGCACAUGUGCAGAUGAGCAAAACGAAAUGAUGAAAUUGGCCCAAACGAUGUUUGAUACAAAGCUUCCUCCAGGGGUAACGAUGAUGACACCAUUUGCAGAAGAAUCUUCGAUUAAAAAAGUUGCUGUUCAGACUUUUCCGGAGGAGCUGUUUUCAAUUCUCCGAACAGUGCAUCUCUUAAGAGGACUGAGUGUUGGUCUGGGCAUAAACUACUCGUGUGCCGAACAAUGGAAACCUAUUGCAGAAGAAGCUUUAUAUGCAGCUGGAAGAUUAAAAGAUAAGGAUUCCAAUGUACGUAAACGCGGCUUCUUAAGAAGAAUAUUUUGGAGAAAUUGAUGGGCAUUGUGACUGGUAGACCUAAACGAUUUGAAUGUUGUUGCUUCUGUAAUUGAUGUACGCCCUCAACAAUAUUUUUGGUGGAUCUAAAGAAAUGGAGGAUGAUUGGUGGAGGGUAGGAAGCAAAUGAACUUUACUAUCUUGAUCGUGGACUAACUGAAGUAAGGAAAAUCUAGAGUAACUUUACUAAUCUUGAUCGUGAAGUUUAAUAUCCCUUUUAUUGUCAGGUUCGAUCCCUCUUUAAGUAGUUUGAAAAGUCUAGUUCCGUCAUUGUUGCAUGUUUCCGAGUUACAGUGUGAAGCUUGUGAGUUAAGCAAGCACCAUAGAGUGCCCAUUCUUCCUCAUCUUAACAAAAUGGGUGAUAAACCUUUUUGUUUAGUACAUUCGGAUAUUUGGGGUCCAUUUCAUUUUACUAGUUUAUCAACCUUCGAGUACUUCGUUAUAUUUGUGGAUGAUUACUCUAGAAUGACUUGGUUAUAUUUGAUGAAA